AGUGGCGGCGGCGGCGGCGGCGGCGGCGGCGGCGGCCGGGGGCGGCGAGAGCUGGGGCUGCGCGGGCGGUAGGCAACGGCUGAAGCGGCGGCAGCGGCGGCGUAGGUUGGGUUCGAGAGGGCGGCGGCGCUUCAGACCCCUCGAACGGCAACCCACGCGGGCGGGCGCCUGAAACAAAGGGAAGCGGGCGUCCGGGCGCCGCGGGUGGGCGGUCAGUCGGUCAGCGCGGAGCCAGCCAGCGGGUGCCCGCGCAAGCCCCGAGUGCGGCUGGCCGGCGCGGCCUCAGGGCGGGAAGAUGCCGCGCGUCGUGCCCGACCAGAGAAGCAAGUUCGAGAACGAGGAGUUCUUUAGGAAGCUGAGCCGCGAGUGUGAGAUUAAGUAUACGGGCUUCAGGGACCGGCCCCACGAGGAGCGCCAGGCGCGCUUCCAGAACGCCUGCCGCGACGGCCGCUCGGAAAUCGCUUUUGUGGCCACAGGAACCAAUCUGUCUCUCCAGUUUUUUCCGGCCAGCUGGCAGGGAGAACAGCGACAAACACCUAGCCGAGAGUAUGUCGACUUAGAAAGAGAAGCAGGCAAGGUGUAUUUGAAGGCUCCCAUGAUUCUGAAUGGAGUCUGUGUUAUCUGGAAGGGCUGGAUUGAUCUCCAGAGACUGGAUGGUAUGGGCUGUCUGGAGUUUGAUGAGGAGCGAGCCCAGCAGGAGGAUGCAUUAGCACAACAGGCCUUUGAAGAGGCUCGGAGAAGGACACGCGAAUUUGAAGAUAGAGACAGGUCUCAUCGGGAGGAAAUGGAGGUGAGAGUUUCACAGCUGCUGGCAGUAACUGGCAAGAAGACAACAAGACCCUAGUCCUGGUUCCAAUUUAGGUGGUGGUGAUGACCUCAAACUUCGUUAAUUGAUAGCACAGCAGAUGUGUGCUGCCCAUCUUUACAUAGACAUUGCUUCUAGUUGGCAGAAAUAAUUGAUUAAAAGACCAGAAACUGUGAUAACUGGAGGUACUACAGUCUGUUUCUCAACCUUAGGCAGUAAUAGACAUCACAAACUGCCAUGGUUUUGCACUAUGAUUAUACCUGCAUUUCUAAUUUUUUAAGCAUGUAGCCAGUAAUAAUUUGAAGUUUUUUUUCUAUGCAAGCUUACCUUGUUGGCAUUAUUUUAGGGAGUUAAAACUAUCUACUUGUAAAGCUCCUUUUCUUCCACUUUAAUUUAAAAGUUGAUGUCAUUUAAAAACAGGUCAAGAAAUUAAAAUUGUAUCAGAGGGUUUUCUCUAAUCAUUUUUUCUAAUUUUUUUUUUUUUUGUACUUCUAGAUGUUUUGGUUAUACAGCUUCAUUUUAGAUAAGCAUUCUUGUUUUGUGUUUUGUUUGCCCCAUUCCUUUUGUGUUUUUAUAGUCUAUAGCAUUUUAAAACUGCUGAUGUUUGCAUUAUUUACAGGCUAAAAACCUAGUAGCAUAGAGCUGUCUGCCACAGCCUUCUGACAAAGUUUACAGUUAUUAAAGUUGCAGUAUCCUUUUAAAUGCUAGUAAUCAGCACUCUUUCUUUCUUUCUUUCUGUCUUUCUUUCUGUCUUUCUUUCUGUCUUUCUGUCUCUCUUUCUGUCUCUCUUUCUUUCUUUCUUUCUUUCUUUUUAAAUAAGAGACAGGGUUUCACAGUGUUGCCCAGGUCUCGAACUCCUGGCAUCAAGCGAUCCUCCUGCAUCAGCCUCCCAGAGUACUGGGAUUACAGGCUCUUUAUUUUUACACAUAGAAGUUUUAAAUUGGUAUUAACUCUGAACUCUGCCCCAGAUUGUUUUAGCUUCUGUUCUGUAAUCAUGAGUUUGGUUGGAGAUAUUCUCCAUAGAUGAUCUUCUACUGAAAUGCCUAAAGAAGUCACAGGCUGGCUUCUGUUUUAUUCAGGGAUUGUUUUAAAAAGUCAAUCAGAAAAGGGAUACUGGAGCUUCUUCAUGUAUGUAACAGCAUAUUAAACUGGAGACAGUGAUGAAUCAGCUACAAAGGUAAUACUAUAUUAAAAUCAUGUUUAAGAUAGCUGCUUUUAUGUGUAUUUUAUAUUGCAUGCUUUUGUAAAAACAUGCUGGGUGAUGAUAAAAGAUUAGUUUUAGAGAGAAAAUGUUCAUCUCUGCAGAGGAUACAUUUUCUUCCAUUAAUUCUGGAAAAAACAUUCACAGUUAUAUAUAUGGUAUUUUGCAAAAGGACUAUUAAUAGAACCUUUUGAGAUGAAAUUAAUGUAAGAAUAUUUUUUAAAUAGGCUUACUGUCAAAUUGAGUGCAACUUUUUUUUUAGAUACAGACUGGAAAAAUGUGCUAAGUCAUUUAGCACCUCCUUACAAAUAUUUUUCAUGGUCACAUUUAUUAAAUGUUACUACAUUUCUGAAUUUUUGAAAAAUGUAUUUUAUCAUAAAAUGGCAUUAUUUUAAAGGGUGAAAAACUGACACAGUCAAUUCAGAAAAUGAACUGAAGUCUGAAUAAGGUCAUUGCAUUUAAAAAGCAUAUAACUACUUGAUUGAUGAGGGAGGUGUUACUUUCAUUGUAUAUAGGUCUUAUUUCAUAAACAGAUAUCCUGGAUCAGAAUAAAAAUAUUUGUUAUAUAUUUGAAGUCAUGCAUGGUAAGAAGUGUGUUUAAAUUGUUAUAAACAAUAAUGCAUCAUUAAAGGCCAUGCUGAUCUUGCAUAACUAUAAGUACUAUGAAUUUGGUUGGUUUUGGUGGUGUACAGCUCACAUGUUUACACACUCAGUGCCCUAAUUUGCCCUGAGGGAAUUGCUUUUUAAGUGAUCCUUACAGUGGUGUUUUAUGUUACUUUAUUACAGAGCUCCUUGGUUUUUUACUUCUGCAGUUAAAUUUUUUUAAAUAACUUGAUGAUGGUACAUUUUCCUCUAUUGUCUAGCUAAGGGCUUUCAGUCCACCAGUAAAUAAGAUCAAAUGCUAUUAAAUGUUCCUAUUACCAUCCUUCUGUAAAUACUGGAUUUUCCUGUCAUUUAGCACCGUGCUGCUUCUGUCUGUCUUAAUGCUGGCAUUAAGAUCAUGAGCCCUUUUUCUCCAGUAGUACAGGCUUUGAAAACUACUUCUAUUAAGUUAUUGGUGCAAUUUGAUAUUUUUUCAUAAUCUGUAUUUAAACAAAAUUACAUCAUUGCAUCAUCUUUUCUAAAUUCAUCUCCAUUAAAACUUGCCUUAAGCUACCAGAUUGCUUUUGCCUCCGUUAGCCAUACUGUGUGUUUGUUUAAUUUACUUUCACAAUAAACUUCUGUGUAGUAAAAA